UUUGCCAAUUCCUCAAAAGACCUGAACUUGUGUUGGUUCUAUUCAUCCUGACUAGAUGGGUCGUGACAAAGCAUCCUCUCUAGCUCCCGGGUUCCGGUUCCACCCCACAGACGAGGAACUCGUUCGUUACUACCUAAAACGGAAAAUCUUGAAGAAGCCAUCUUUUGAUUUGAUCUCUGUUAUCGAUAUUUACAGAUCCGAGCCUUGGGAUCUCCCUGAUAAGUCAAAGCUGAAGAGCAGGGACUUGGAGUGGUACUUUUUCAGUGCACUGGACAAGAAACAUGGAAAUGGGUCAAAGACCAACAGGGCAACUGAGAGAGGCUACUGGAAGACAACUGGAAAGGACCGUGCAAUUCGCUUUAGGGAAAGUGUGGUUGGCAUGAAGAAAACACUUGUUUACCAUAAAGGUCGGGCCCCACGAGGUGAACGGACUAACUGGGUAAUGCAUGAAUACCGCCUUACUGAUGAGGCGUUGGAGAAAGAUAUUCAACAGGAUGCUUUUGUUUUGUGUAGGGUGUUUCAGAAGAGUGGGUCUGGGCCAAAGAAUGGUGAGCAGUAUGGGGCACCCUUUAUUGAAGAAGAAUGGGAGGAUGAUGAGGCAGUUAUUGUGCCUGGUCAACAUGAUGUAGCAGUCUACGAAGAGGUUGCCAAUGAUGACACUUUUGUUGAAGUAAAUGAUAUUGAUCAGAAUCUUGACAUUGGCGUCUACCAUGGGGAGGAAUCAAGCAACCAUAUGGAUCAUUCGAGAGAAUUCAGUGAAGACAAUCAAAAGCCAUCAGACUAUAUGUCUAGGAAUGCAUUGCUCCCUUCCGAUUUCUAUUAUGUUGAAUCAAGCAACUGUGCUGAACACUCAAUUGAGUUUAAAGAAGAGCCUAAUGCAACAGUGACAAAUGUAAAACCAGUAAAGGAUGAAUAUGUGCUUGAACCAAUUGAAAACAUCCUUUCCGCGGACUUUGUGAUUGAAGAGCCAUACCAGGAUGCUAGUGAUUUUCUUCCAUCCAUUGAUGAACAUCUCCUGGAAACUAAUGAUCUUUCAAACCCCAUUGACCCAGACUCUGAACUUUUUGACAUUGGUGAAUAUUUUUCAUUCGAUGAUGCUGAUGAUCAAUUGUUAGCCUUUGAUUAUGAUCAAAUUGUGGGAAGUGAGAUUCCUGUUGCCGGCCAAGAAUCUAUUAUUCAAAUGCACACAAAUGAAGGAACUGAACAUGGGCUUAAUGCAAGUAAACAUAUUGAAGAACGCGGCAAUAGUGAAGGAUCCUCUAAAAAGCAAGAGCUGGAGGCCACGCAAGUUGAACUUGGUACCAAGUAUCCAUUUAUUAAACAGGCUAGUCAAAUGUUGGGUAGCUUUCCUGCUCCUCCUGCAUUUGCCUCUGAGUUUCCUUCAAAAGAAGCAAUGCACAAGCUGAAUUCUGCCUCACAAACUUCCAGUUCUGUACAUGUUAUGGCUGGCAUGAUAAGAAUAACAGACAUGGCUUCUUCUGGUAACCGAUUGGACUGGUCGUAUAACAAAAACGGGAGUGUCAACAUUGUUGUUUCUUUCAACUUGCCGCAAGGUGAUAUCAACUCCAACAGUUUUCUGCCAGUGGCUGGCCUACUUUCCGGCAAGACAAGGGGUCGGUUCUUCUUGAUGCUAUUCUGUGUCCUGAUUAUUUCUGUAAGUUUAAAGAUUGGGAGCUGCAUUUGCUCAAGGUAUUGGCUAUGAUUCACUCAACACGUCAAUUGAUUAAAGACUGUCGGGUAAUAUACCAGUUACCACUGUAGGUUGGACUAGGAUGGUAGACCAGGUGAUGUUUCAUCAUUUAUUUUUUUUCUUUUUAUGAUGAUUGCUGGAUUCGAAACACAUACAUUUAUCAUCUCAUUACAGUCCAAAAAUUGUUCACCAUAUGAAGUUGCAAGGUACGUGAUACAGGAAAACGAUACUCUGGGUUUAUAAGGUAUUAUGCAAAAAUUGCUGGUUGCUUCAUUCUCUCA